AUGAAGGAGAAAAAAAAAAAUGCGGCCAAAACCAGGAGGGAGAAGGAAAAUGGCGAGUUUUAUGAGCUGGCCAAGCUGCUCCCGCUGCCAUCGGCCAUCACCUCGCAGCUGGACAAAGCGUCCAUCAUCCGACUCACCACCAGCUACCUGAAGAUGCGCGCGGUCUUCCCGGAAGGUCUAGGAGACGCGUGGGGACAGCCGAGCAGAACAGGGCCCCUGGACAGCGUGGCCAAAGAGCUGGGAUCCCAUUUGCUACAGACUCUGGAUGGCUUUGUUUUUGUGGUGGCCUCUGAUGGCAAGAUCAUGUAUAUAUCUGAGACGGCUUCUGUCCAUUUAGGCCUGUCCCAGGUGGAGCUCACGGGCAACAGUAUUUAUGAGUACAUCCACCCUUCCGACCACGACGAGAUGACGGCCGUGCUUACAGCACACCCGCCGCUCCACCAUCACCUGCUCCAAGAGUAUGAGAUCGAGCGGUCUUUCUUUCUUCGAAUGAAAUGCGUCUUGGCAAAAAGGAACGCAGGUCUGACAUGCAGUGGAUACAAGGUCAUCCACUGCAGUGGCUACUUGAAGAUCAGGCAGUAUAUGCUGGACGUGUCCCUCUAUGACUCCUGCUUCCAGAUCGUGGGGCUGGUGGCCGUGGGCCAGUCCCUGCCACCCAGUGCCAUCACGGAGAUCAAGCUGCACAGCAACAUGUUCAUGUUUAGGGCCAGCCUCGACCUGAAGCUCAUAUUCCUGGAUUCCAGGGUGACAGAGCUUACAGGCUAUGAGCCACAAGACCUGAUAGAAAAGACGCUGUACCAUCACGUUCACGGCUGUGACACCUUCCACCUCCGCUAUGCACACCACCUCCUGCUUGUGAAGGGCCAGGUCACCACCAAAUACUACCGGCUGCUGUCCAAGCUCGGCGGCUGGGGUUGGGUGCAGAGCUACGCCACCGUGGUGCACAACAGCCGCUCCUCCCGACCACACUGCAUCGUGAGUGUCAAUUACGUCCUCACGGAUAUUGAAUACAAGGAACUUCAGUUGUCUCUGGACCAGGUGUCCACUUCUAAGUCUCAGGACUCCUGGAGAACCACCUUGUCUACCUCACAAGAAACUAGGAAAUCAGCUAAACCCAAAAAUACAAAGAUGAAGACAAAGCUGAGAACGAACCCUUACCCCCCACAGCAAUACAGCUCGUUCCAAAUGGACAAACUGGAGUGCAGCCAGGCGGGAAACUGGAGAAUUAGUCCCCCCACAAACGCUCCGGCUCCCCCAGAACAGCAGCUCCAUUCAGAAGGCGGCGACCUUUUGUACGGGCCACCCUACAGCCUCCCCUUCUCCUACCAUUACGGACAUUUCCCUUUGGACUCUCACGUCUUCAGCAGCAAGAAGCCAGCACUGCCGGCCAAGUUCGGGCAGUCCCAAGGAUCCCCGUGUGAGGUGGCACGCUUUUUCCUGAGCACACUGCCAGCCAGCAGCGAGUGCCAGUGGCAUUGUGCCAACCCCCUAUUGCCCAGCGGCCCAUCGACAGCUAGAAACCUUCCUGAGCCUCCUGUAAAUGCUGCCCGGCAUGGACUUGUGCCAAACUAUGAAGGUGGGUCCCAUUUGCAAGAGGGGAAGGUGUGGGGGUGGUAG